AUGGUAAUGACGGCGGUAACGUCAACCGGUGCGCAUGAUAUUUCUGCAGGAAAUGAUUGUUCUACCGCUACGUUAGAAAAAGCUGCCACUAUUGGACCACUAGCCUUACAAACUCUAAGUAAAGCUUCCAAGAUAGCCAAACGUCAAGCGGCUUUGACUUUAAUCGCUUACUUGGCCUUAUGGUCACCUUACAAUAUGUUAGCAAUGAUGAAUACAUUAACGAUGCCAUCGGAAAAUGGUGAAGUCAUCAUGGAUACCUUAAAUUUUUUGAAUGCAUUAAUUGUUGUUAAUCCUGUUGUAAAUCCCAUAAUUUAUGGUCUUUUUUAA